AUGCCUUCGUUUACACAUUUCAAAGGAGAUUUCGAUCCCGAGAGCCACCUAAAACACUUCAAAAGUGUCAUGAUCCUUUACAAGGCUGACAAUGCACUGAUGUGCAAGGUGUUUUCAAUGACCUUGCGAGGAGUAGCUCAAGACUGGUUCCACACCCUACCAUCCGGGUCGAUCAGCAGCUUCAAGGAGUUGGCAUACGUAUUCACCAAAGAGUACACGUCUUACCGGACGAUCAAGAAGAACCCUGACCACCUAUAUAACCUGCGCAAAAAGUCAGACGAAUCCCUUCGAGAUUACAUCAAGAGAUUCAAAGCAGAAAAGGCCAACAUUGUAGGAUGUGACGAUCGGAUCACGGCAUCUGCCUCCAAGAAAGGUCUUUCGGCUGAACACGACUUGUACCGCAAGCUGACUAUCACUCUCUGCCAGACUCUGGCAGAGGUCUACGUGACCGCGGAAUGCUAUGCGCUCUGGGAUGACGAUCAAAUCGCCACAAAGAAGUCUACAAAGCAGGAAAAUCAGUCGACUAAACGGGUAGGCCAAAGAAGCGAUGGAUUUAGCAACAAGAAUAAGGACAAGCGUAGGUCACACCCACAAGGGGACGCUAAGGCAGGAGAGAACUACACCAAGUUUACCAUCCCUAUACAUCAAAUCCUAGCCCAAGCCAUGGUUGAUCGAAUCCAUGCAGACAAGAGCAGUGCAGCCAACAUCCUACAAUUGGAGGUCAUCCAACAUAUAGGUUUAGAGGCAAAGAUCAAUAAAUCAGCCAAGUCACUAACCAGCUUCAAUGGCACAACAACGGUUACCAUAGGCACAAUAGAUCUCGACGUCUAUUCCCCACCAAUAAUCAACUCGCAAACGUUCAUGGUCAUUGAUGAAGUCUCACCCUACAAUGGCAUUCUGGGCAGACCAUGGAUCAACAAGAUCAACGCCGUCACCUCGGCCACACAUCAAAAGAUUCGCUAA